AAAAUCAAUGAACAGAAUUUCUGGUAAGCCAACAAUCAAAGAAUCAGUGUCGAGUCCCAGGAUCAACACUGGGUGAACCUUAGCUGCGGCUUCUAUCGCACCGUAGCUCCCCCUGUUCACACCUUCGGUUCUGUGAGUCCUGUUUAUAUACAGGUUUUUUUUAGCGGGACAGAGCAUUACUUCAUACUCUCUUUGUCUCUUCAGUUUUUCUUCAUAUUCAUGUAGAUUCAUCCUCGCCAUCCGGUCGGUUGAAUAGUUCUUCUGAGGGGAGAUGAAUAUUAAAUACGACUUCUGGGAAUAGCGCAUUGAGAUGCGCGUCCCCGAUGGCGGAGCAAGGUCCAUUUCGGUGGUAAGGGUUGGGUCGUUCGCAGUCCCAUCUCCGGAGAAGAGCCAUCUUCCUCGGACCUUCUCUCCUUUCUCUUGUAAAUUCGGUCGUUCCCCAGUUCCCGGCAGAGUCGUUUUUUGAUUCCCGAAUCUUUCUACCCCAGUCUCGAAUAAUUUUUACCACUUAUUUUAAAGGGCACAACUUAAUUUAUAUUAGACAUUCAUUAUAAACACAAAUUAUCCCACAUCAUUUAUCACAUCCUGUUCAAGGUGUAAUAUCCUGUUUUGUUUCUGCAGCCCUUAUUAUUGAAAGUUAAUGUUCAAAAUCCAUGGAUCUGAUACCCUCCCAGUGCACAUAAGAAAUAGAACUGAAAAACAUCGGAGCAAGGGGAUAGUACUGAAUACACAGAAAGGACAAAAGUAGUAUUACACUCAAAGUACUGUUUUUGCAUCACUCUGGUUUUUGAAGUGCUUACAUUAUCAGGUUUCUGUGUGUGUGUGUGUGUGUGUGUGUGCACGUGUGACAUUCCAUCAAAGGAGGAAAUAGGAUGCCUAACUUUUAGUGCAGAAAAUUGGUGAUAAAAUAACACACAAGCUGUGGGGCUGAUAGCAUCUCUGUAAUCUUGUACUUAAUCUGCUGUCCCUAAGAAAAUCUACUGCCUUUCCCGUUCUAUGCUGCCCAGGCUGCACACAAGAAUUAAUGGGCCUGCGUUAACCUACGCCUCUAUGACAACCCCUGAAGUUAAACGUUUGCACCUUACUUUUUACAAAUCUGUGCCUAAGCAGCGCUGCCCACCCAACCGGGAAAUCCCAAACCCCACUCGCGGUGUCCUGCUGCUCGCCCCUUUCCCGGAGGGUUGCAGGCGCGGCUGGCCGCAGCCGCGCUCCGGGCGGGAGCAGGUGCACGGCAGCGCACGCCCGGCGCUGUGCCGGGGCGGGGACCGGAGCCAGCGGCGGCCCGGGGCGAGGCGCUCCCGCCCCGAUGCGGAGCAGCCACGUGGAACCGCGGCUCCCGCGGCGGCCACUUCCUGCUCCGCAUCACCCCGGCCGCUGCGCCCGGCGGGGAGGCGAGCGCGCAGCCCGCAGCGUAGCGGGGCGGCGCGGGGGAGGGAGAAUAAAAGAGGGGGGAGGAAGAAAAAAAAAAAAGAGAGAAAGUUUGUACGUGCGGCGGCGGCGAGAGGACAGCUUCCGCAGGCGGGCGGCUGCCGGAGAGCAGCAGCGGCCGGGGGAGGCGGGGAAGCGGCGGCGGGGCCGUGCCGUGCGGUGCCGCGGGGGGCGGAAGGCGGCCGGUGCGCGGGGCCGGGCGCUGCGUGCGCGGCGGCGGGAGGCAGAGGGCGGGCGGGAGGAUGCGGCUGAAGCUGGGCUUCCUGCUGCGCGCCGUGCUACUGGCGGGCAGCUUCUUGGGGCUGCUGCUGCUCUGGUCCUCGCUGUCGCCCCGUGCCGAGGAGCCGGAUCUCCCGGGACGGACGCGGGAUGACAAAGAAGCCAACAGACCCCUACCAAACAAAGGAGACCAUGGACUAGGAAAUGAGAAGUUCAAACCUGUGGUACCUUGGCCUCAUGUUGAAGGUGUGGAAGUGGACUUGGAAUCCAUUCGAAGGAAAAAUAAGGCCAAAAAUGAACUAAAUCAGCAUGGUGUUGAUAACAAGCAGCAAAACGUCAUCCACAGGCAGUAUCUCACAUUUAAACCUCAGACAUUUGUAUACCCAGAUCCUGUGUUACGACCUGGAGUCCUUGGUAAUUUUGAACCCAAAGAGCCUGAGCCUCAUGGAGUUGUUGGUGGCCCUGGAGAGGAAGCGAAGCCAUAUGUUUUAGGACCAGAUUACAAAGAAUCCGUUCAAGCCAGCAUUAAAGAGUUUGGGUUUAAUAUGGUGGCAAGUGAUAUGAUCUCACUAGAUCGAAGUGUUAAUGACUUGCGUCAAGAAGAAUGCAAAUACUGGCAUUAUGAUGAUAACCUGCUCACCUCCAGCGUUGUCAUCGUCUUUCAUAAUGAAGGAUGGUCCACGCUCAUGAGGACGGUUCACAGUGUCAUCAAGAGAACACCAAGAAAAUACUUGGCAGAAAUUGUUCUGAUUGAUGAUUUUAGCAACAAAGCACACUUACAAGAGAGGCUGGAUGACUAUAUCAAGCAGUGGAAUGGCCUUGUAAAGGUAUUUCGAAAUGAGAGGAGAGAAGGUUUGAUCCAGGCUAGAAGCAUUGGAGCCCAGAAGGCUAAACUUGGACAGGUUUUGGUUUACCUUGAUGCCCAUUGUGAGGUGGGAAUUAAUUGGUAUGCACCACUUAUAGCUCCUAUAUCUAAGGACAGAACUACAUGUACUGUACCUCUAAUAGAUUACAUAGAUGGGAAUGAUUAUUCCAUUGAACCACAACAAGGUGGGGAUGAAGAUGGUUUUGCCAGAGGGGCCUGGGACUGGAGUUUGCUAUGGAAACGAAUUCCAUUAAGCCACAAGGAAAAGUCCAAACGAAAACAUAAAACUGAGCCUUAUCGGUCUCCUGCAAUGGCUGGUGGUUUGUUUGCCAUUGAACGUGAUUUCUUCUUUGAACUGGGUCUCUAUGAUCCAGGGCUUCAGAUCUGGGGUGGUGAAAAUUUUGAAAUUUCUUACAAGAUCUGGCAGUGUGGGGGGAAACUGCUGUUUGUUCCCUGUUCUCGUGUUGGACACAUCUAUCGUCUCCAGGGAUGGCAAGGAAAUCCACCCCCUGUGUAUGUUGGGUCUUCUCCUACAUUAAAGAACUAUGUCAGAGUUGUAGAAGUGUGGUGGGACGAAUACAAGGAUUACUUCUAUGCCAGCCGGCCGGAAACAAAAGCACUGCCCUAUGGAGAUAUAUCUGAGCUGAAAAAAUUCCGUAAAGAUCACAACUGCAAAAGUUUUAAGUGGUUUAUGGAAGAAAUAGCAUAUGAUAUAACUUCAUAUUAUCCCUUACCACCCAAAAAUGUGGACUGGGGAGAGAUUAGAGGCUUUGAAACCUCUUACUGCAUCGACAGCAUGGGGCACACCAACGGUGGCUUUGUUGAGCUUGGGCCAUGCCACAGAAUGGGAGGAAAUCAGCUUUUCCGAAUCAACGAAGCAAAUCAACUCAUGCAGUACGAUCAGUGCUUAACUAAAGGACCAGAUGGAUCCAAAAUGAUGAUUACACACUGCAAUCAGAAUGAAUUCAAGGAGUGGCAAUUCUUCAAGAAUCUGCACAGAUUUACUCACAUUCCAUCAGGGAAGUGCUUGGAUCGCUCCGAAGUCCUCCAUCAAGUUUUCAUUUCAGAGUGUGACUCCAGUAAAGCAACACAAAAAUGGGAAAUGAACAACAUCCUUAGUGUGUAGACAGACAAAACCUACCUACUGAUGCAUUCAUUUGUACAGGACUGAAAAUAGCCUGAAAACUGCUGCAGUUAUUAACUUUGUACAGCUGUGAGCCUCCUGGCUUGGAUGAAGGACAUAGAGGAACUGUGAUUAUUACAAUAACAUUAUCAUUCACAGUUAAUGUUUACAAAACUGCUUUACCUUAAACUCUGUAGAUGUUUACAUCUUUUUGUUUCAAGAUGUUGGUAAAUUAAUGUGCUGUUAGCUAUGGUUCAUAGGAACAUAGUUAAAAGCAUUGUCUUCUUUGGGAUUACACUCAGGGGUCUGAAGGCAGUUUUUUUACACACACUUGAAAAGGUUGGAGUAAUCAGACUUUCAUAGAACUUGGUGUUUAUCAACCUGUUGUAUAUUUUUAUUUAAUUUUACAUCUUACUAAGCACUGCCACAGGUUAUUAGCCAGGGUGGCCUUCUCUCACAGUCAUGCUGCUUUUUUGGAAGAUAAAUUUCAACAUAUUUAGUGCCUCUUUCAUUUCUCUCUUUCACAAGGAAAGCAUUUGUUGGAAAUUUACAGUGGGUUGUUCUGAGCUGUCAUCAGGGGUAGGGACCAACCAUACCACCCUAUGUAAUUACUGUGCUAAUGAAGACAAAUUUCUGUUGCCAGUUUGGCUGCUCUGCUCGGCUGAAUGCUUGGUACAGUGGAAGGAAGACUGUCAAGUUUAGUGCUAAUGUGGUACAAUUUCAUGGAGGUAAGCUCCCUCACGAAUCCAGUUAAGAAUUUAUAAGCACUAAUUUGCUUGUUUAAACCAUGCCUUACAUAAAAAUAAUAAAAUCAACAACAACAAAAACAAACAAGCUGCACAAUUAUGUAAAACUUGGAAAAACUCAAAUACUUCAUUUAUACUGCUAUUUUGAAUGGAAAUCACUUAGAGGUGGACUAAAACUUUUAAUUAGGAAAAAAACAUCCAGCUACUUAACACAUCUGUGUAAUUUGUCACAAGGACAUCUGUCAGCCAGUUUGGAUGCCAAAUUUAGAUCAAAAAGAAAAACGGAAAUCCUGAAAUCGCACUUGUUUGUACUAAUUUUCUUGUUGUUUCUGUUAUUCGCAACUUCUCCAGAUGGAUUACAAACACAAAAAACCAACUGCUUGGUGGUAUAGUGUACAGAGUAGAAUGUGAAGAAGUUGUUUCUAAAAAUAUUCUGAAAAGGAGUUGAUGCGAGCUCCCUUAGGAGUAUAAAUAUUUACUCUGAACGAAUGGAGAGGUGGAGGGGAAAUGACUUAUCCUCACUUCCUUUGUCCAGAUUUUGUGACUUAAAUGUUGACAUCAGUGUGUACUGAUUCCAUAACAGUUACCCCUAAAACACAUCACACAAUUAAGUAUGACUAAAUACUUCCCUGAAGUCUAGAAUAGCAUUGCAUGCAGCUUCCAUUGAUGUUAACAAGGGUUAUGUAUCAUUUGGUGACAGAGCUGGAUCUUUAUAGAUCUGUCUGCACUGAUCUAUUAGUUUGGGAUCUUUCCUAGUUUCUUUAAACUUCUUAUCUAUCCUUUCAGAACUAUGAAAAAUAGAAAAUAAAGGAGGGAGAAACUGGAAAAAAAAAAAGGAAAAGAAGGUUUUGUGCCGGUACUUGUUCUAUGUGUGUGUGAAAACUGACUCCAUUUGUGUGUUGGGUAGAUUAAUUUAAUCAUACAACUAUGCAUAAGAGAAAGAAUGGUGGCACAUAAAUUGUGCGGGUGUGCAUUUUAAAUGGGUAUUAUGUGCAAUUCAUUGAAAGCUGAUGCUGUAUGUGAAUAUGAAUCUGUAUGUGAGACUGAAACCUUACAAAACAUGAGAUCAUAAGAAGCUGUUGCUGUAAUGACUUUUUCCUACUAGAGCCGGCUUGGAAAAAAUAAUUCCCAUAUUCUUGCUUUGUUAGUUGAGGAUAAUAUCACUAUGCAUUUCUACAUAUUUUAUAAAUUUGAUUUAUGCAGAUUUUGAUACACUGUAUGUUUCUGUAGAAAUUGUAUAAAUCUUUAAAAAAUUUAUUAGGGAUAAAUCGAGGAAACCUAUGUGUAUCUUACUCAUGGGUUGCUUGUUUUUUAGGUGAAGUAAAUAAAAUAUUUGAAUUUUUUGUUUUACUAUA